CAACUGAUCUACGUGUCUGAACGGAGUAAACCAUCCCUACGCAUCUUGACGAUAUUCUGCUCUACCACUGCUCGACCCUUCGACGCGACAAGUAUAGCUAGAGUCCUCUUCUGCUCCCUGAGACGCGUCUUGCGCUACUUGUCCAGGCUGUUCGAGGAAGGUUUUUGCCCCCUCAUCUGAUUCUUCGCUCCGGAGUUCUGCAGGAUCCAAGCAAAAGGCCAACGUCGAAGCCACGCUCUACCUCGACUGGAGAUACACCUCAGGAGAAACGGGUGUCGGGUUCAAUCAUUCAAGACUAUGCCUUACAACAAUGCGCCUAUCGAACCACCAGAAGAGAUAACCGGCACGACCGCUCUUCCCCUCGCACGCGUCAAGAAGGUCAUCGCCCAGGAUGAGGACAUUUCGCAGUGCUCGAAUCCAGCGGCGUUUGCGAUCUCGGUCGCGACAGAGAUCUUCAUCCGCUAUCUAACCGAGCAAGCACACAACGUGGUCAAAUCCGAACGGAAACCCAGGAGGAACAUCGCCUACAAGGACAUAGCCACCGCCGUUUCCAGAAUCGACAACCUCGAAUUUCUGUCCGACACGGUGCCCAAGACCAAGACGUACCGACAGUUCAAGGAGGAAAAGGCGCGCGAGGCCGCCGCCAAGGCCGCCGCGUCCGCGCCUGGAUCUGUCAACGGUGUCAACGGCAGCGGCGAAAACGGCGUCUCCAUCCAGACCAUGAUGAAGAACGGGUACGGGUAUCAUCCGAAUCAGAACGGCGUCGGCAACGGCGUGGUGGUGAACGGGACCACACCCGAGAGGGCCGGCGGCACCCACCACCAGCACCACCACUCGCGCAACCACAGCCACCCGGACCCGGUCAGGGAUAUCGAGAUGAGUGGAUGAUGUAGAGAACAGCCAGGGCAUUCAACGACAUUCGCAAGACGGAGCCCAUUUUCACACAUCGAGUUGACUUUAGACACGCAUUUUAUCGCGGACCCGGUUGCAUCUUGCCCAAGGACGAGCACAUGAAAGCCAUGACAUGAUUUGCAUUGCAGGCGCUAAAGAAGGGGCGGGUAUCUGGAGGAGUGAGGGAGUGAGUCACUUCAGGAUAUCCUUGGGUGCAGGAGUAUUAUCUGGCGAGGAAUGAUCACGGGUUGAUGUUGUCAACGUCGAGGAUGUGAGUGCACUGGACGUACUGUUGUGUCCAGUUGCAAAGAGGACUUCGUUCUCGCCGAGGACACAAGUCAGCUGUCAGCCAUCGUCGCUGCUCGUGCCAUACCCUGUUAAGACGACCGCUCUUUGAACGGCAGUGGGUGCUCACGUGUAUGAUAGAUCUAUAUCGCUACCGGGAAGCUUAGGGCGAACAAGCGCCUGACCGGACCAGCUUUAGUGUUGACGGGACGAGAACAAGCAUCAGCUUUUGCGCUGGCUUCCAAGGUACUAUAUACAUUACUUCCUG